AUGGAUGUUCGGAAAAAAUGUUCUGUUGCUUUAAAUGUGUCACAGUUCCGACCGGAAGAACUGACAGUAAAUGUGCAUGGCAGUACUUUGGUCAUUGAGGGACAUCAUGCAGAACGGUCAGAUGAAGGUGGCACUGUUGAACGACAUUUUGUCCGCAAAUAUGCUUUACCUGAUUACGUAAAAGAAGAAGAUAUACAGCCGCAGCUGCAGGAGGAUGGGACGCUAAAGGUGGUAUUUAGUAAAGAGGAACCUCAAGUGGCCUCGAAGAAUAUUCCAAUCCAGGUUGAUCCAAACUGGAAGCCUAGUGCUUCGAAGGCGUUAGUGUUGCGAACUCCAAUCCCUCUAUGGUGGUUCUAG